AUGGCGGAGACGGUGCUGAGCAUGGCGAGGUCCAUGCUGGGGAGCGCCGUCAGCAAGGCCGCCGCCGCCGCCGCCCAAGAGAUGAGUCUGCUCAUGGGGGUGCAGAAGGAGAUCUGGUUCAUGAAAGAUGAGCUAGAAACUAUGCAAGCAAUCCUGGUGGCCCCUGAAGUAACCAAGAAAAAAGAUAAACUGGUGAAGGUCUGGGCAAAGCAAGUACGAGAUCUGUCAUAUGAUAUUGAGGAUUGCCUUGACGAGUUCACAGUACACGUGGGAAGCCAAAGCCUGUCACAACAGAUGAUGAAGCUGAAAGACCGUCACCGGAUUGCUGUCCAGAUCUGCAAUCUCAAGGCAAGAGUUGAAGAAGUGAGCAAGAGGAACACACGCUACCACUUAAUCAAGACAGAGGCAUCCAACACCACCAUGGACGAGACGGAGUCCUACUUGGAAGAUAUUCGCAACCACUCGGCUAGCAACAUCGAUGAAGCACAGCUUGUAGGCUUUGAUGAACCCAAGAAGAAGUUGCUUGAGAUGGUACAAGAAGUUCGUGCCAAUGAUGGACAAGCACGUGUUAUCUCUGUGGUCGGCAUGGGAGGUUUGGGUAAAACUACUCUUGCCAGGAAGAUAUAUGAAAGCAAGGAAGACAUUGCAAAUAGCUUCUCUUGUUGUGCAUGGAUCACUGUAUCACAAUCAUUUGUGAAGACAGAGCUCCUCCAAAAUAUGACUAGGCAACUGCUGGGUGAAGAAUCGUUGAAGAACUGUUUGAUAGAACUUGAAGGGAAGGGAUUGCAAAUCAAUGACCUUGCCAGCUACCUCACACGGGAGCUAAAGGAUAGAAGGUACUUUGUUGUUCUUGAUGACUUGUGGAGCAUUGAAGCAUGGAACUGGAUUCACGGUAUUGCUUUUCCAAGCACAAAUAACAAAGGCAGUCGGAUCAUAGUAACCACACGUGAUGCUGAUAUAGCAAAUGGAUGCACUUCCGGUGAAUCCUUUGUCUACCAUCUCAAACCCCUAGAGGUAGAUGAUGCCAUACAGUUGCUACUAAGGAAGGCACGGAAGCAUCACAAAGACCUAGAAAACAAUAAGAAUUUGAGGGACACAGUAACACAUCUGGUAGAAAAAUGUGGUUGUUUACCACUGGCUAUUCUCACAGUAGGAGGCAUCCUUGCCAGUAAGAAGAUAGAGGAGUGGGGGAAAUUUUAUAACCAACUCCAUUCGGAGCUUGAGAACAACCCAAGCCUCGAACCUGUGCGAAGGAUAGUAACUCUUAGCUACAGUCAUUUGCCAUCCCAUCUCAAGCCAUGCUUUCUAUACCUAAGCAUUUUUCCUGAGGACUUUGAAAUUAAAAGGAGGCGUCUGGUAGAUAGGUGGAUUGCAGAGGGACUGGUUACUGCCAGGGGUCGAGUAACAGUUGAGGAAGUUGGAGAAAGUUACUUUCAGCAGCUAAUCAGCCGAAGCAUGAUUCUACCAGCGAGAGUAAAUUUCGAAGGAGUUGUUAAGAGCUGCCGUGUUCAUGAUAUCGUGCGUGAUACAAUAAUCUCGAUAUCCAGAGAGGAGAAUUUUGUUUACUUGACAGAAGACAAUGUAGCUGGAGUAGUAGUUGGAGAGAAAUUCCGUCACGUGGCAUACCAUGGCAAGAGCUGCACAAAUGUUGGAGUGGAUUGGAGCUGUGUCCGAUCAUUAACUUCCUUUGGUGAGAGACCAAUGAAGCCCCAACCUUCACUUUGUUCACCGGAGUUGAGGAUGUUAAGAACCUUGGAUUUGAAGGAUGCACAAUUCAAAAUCACUCAGAAUGAUAUCAACAACAUAGGAUUAUUGCACCACUUGAAAUAUAUGAAUGCUCAGUAUGGUGGUCCAAUCAUGAGUCAUUCAAAUAUUUAUGCACUUCCCAGAUCUAUUGGUAAAUUACAGAGUUUACAAGUCCUUGACCUAAGGGGCAGUUGUAUUUCAGGACUACCAACUGAGGUCACUAAACUCCAGAGUCUCCGAAGCCUCCGUUGUCGCAAAAAUACAGUGUUAAAUAGUUUCGACCCCAGGUGGCCAUUGAUAUGCAUGAAAAAUGUAUUGCGCCUGCCCAUAAUGUUCACACCCCUAGUUGAUUCUGAAGACCGCAAUAAAAUGAUUGCUGAGGCACACUUGUUCUUCUCAAGCCCUUUUUCUUAUUCAAGAGUACCAGGUGUGCGGGUGCCAAGAGGAAUCGGCAACCUAAAAGUGCUGCAGAUCCUAGAGGUUGUGGAUCUCAAGGGCACUAGUACGAAAGCAAUUGAAGAGUUGGGUGAACUAAGUCAGCUAAGAAAAUUAAGCGUGACGACAAGAGGGGCAGCAAAGGGAAAAUGCACGGCCUUUUGCAAAGCCCUUGUGAAGCUUGUCUCUCUCCGCUCUGUCCACGUGGAAAAUUGGGGAACACUUGAGUGGCUAGGUUCUCCUCUCUCCCCUCCCCCGCUGCUAAGGAGCCUAAAGUUGAUUGGAAAGCUGCAGAUACUUGGGGCACUGCCCCAGCUUAUGCUCCUUCAGCUAAUUAAUGAUGCAUAUACUGGGGAGAAACUAACAUUCAGAACUGGAGCAUUCCCAAGUCUCAGGAAACUUGUUUAUGAAGAAUUUGAAUAUACAUUGACAGAGAUGAGGUUUGAGGAGGACGCCUCGCCCCACAUGGAAAGCAUACAUAUCGAUCAGUCCCGGCUAAAGUCAGGGAUUAUUGGUAUUAAGCACCUUCCAAGUCUCAAGGAGAUUUCACUUGGUAACAACUGCAAGGUGGCAGGACUUAAUAUGCUGCAGGCGGAAGUCAACCAACACCCCAAUAAGCCCGUGCUGCGACUGUUGAGGGACCAGAGCCACCAUGACCUGGGGGAUGUCAUCAGAUCCGGUGUUGAAGUGGAAGCAACCGAACCGCAGCCUGAUGACGCCGAAGAGAGCUCCCAGGUGAUCACAACGGCCGACAACAGUCCCUGCAAGGACUCUGCUCCUGGUCUCGACCUGCCACGCAGAUUGCCCUUAUACCGUGCUGGUUCUGCUCCGACAAAUACCCCCUGCUUGUGUUCUGCAUCGGAUUUCUUCUUACAGCUAGUGGCAGCGGUAUCAGUCCAACCUGCAGCUGAAUCUGAAUUGGCUGUCUGUCUGAUUAUGAUGCGUGCGUGGUGA